AGACCGAAAACAACUUUACACCAAAAUACAAUACUCAAAGAUCUCUUUCUUGUUUUGUAUUUAUACAACCUUCACCUCCAUCCUUUCGCUCUCAACCAUUCCACCUCUUCUCUCUGUCGCCAACAAUCAAACCCACCACCUCUCUCUCUCUCUCUUCUCUUCUCUCUUUCUUAACCUGUAAGAUUCGGAGCUUGUUUUUGAUAGCCACCUCGAUCCCUUCCAGCUUUUUCUCUUCCUCGAACAUAUCGCUAUGGAACAGAACUUGUAUGAGCCUGAGACACACUUUGUUUCCGUUGGAGAUGUUUCAGUCAAGAAGUGGAAUUCAAUCUCAUCCCCAACUACAGUCUCGGACAACGACACUGGCAGCUUUGAAUGCAACAUAUGCUUAGAUUCAGCACAUGAACCUGUGGUGACUCUCUGCGGUCACCUGUACUGCUGGCCGUGCAUUUACAAGUGGCUUCAGGUCCCAACCGCCUCUGAUGAACAAUCCCACCCGCAGCAGACUUGUCCUGUCUGUAAGGCUAACAUCACCCCUUCUUCAGUGGUUCCCCUCUAUGGUCGGGGCUUAUCCUCUACAGAUUCUGAUGGAAAGAAACCUCAGUUGGAUCUGGUCGUACCACAUAGACCCCCACCGAUGUUGAACACUUCGAUUACUGCUACAACUGCCACAUCAGUGCCAAGACAGCAACUUCAUCCAAAUUUUUUGCAAAGGCAUUCAGAGUCUGUUCACGAUCAGUACUACCCCGCUUAUGGUGGUUAUGCUACAAACUCAGAACCAGCAUAUCUCGGGGGUACAGCGUUGACAAAUUUAUCCAAUCCAACGAUUGGAAUGGUUGGAGAGUUUGUGUUUGAAAGGAUGUUUGGGAGCUCAAACACUAAUUUGUUUACUUACCCGUAUCCGAAUUCGUACACCCAAAGUAGUCAUAGGAUGAGAAGGCAGGAAGUAGAGCUGGACAGAUCUCUCAAUAGAGUAACCAUCUUUCUUUUCUGCUGUUUUAUGCUGUGCCUUCUCUUGUUCUGAGCAUAUUCUUUAUAUAGCUUCACUCUUGUACAGUUGUAAGAAAUUACCAUCAUACAGAAUAUAUACACCAUAUGCUGGUAGAGAUUUUGUAUUUUGCUAGUAUUAUGCAGGAUAUAGCCUUUUUGU